CACCACCACAGAUGCGGCUGGCCUUGAGAGCAUUCGGGACCUCCAAGCCGGGUUCUUGGAGGCUCUCGUGCUCGCGUGCCUACUCGACUGCCACUGCGCCCGAGUCCUCAACUGCAGCUCGCCUCCGUUUCGCUCCCUCACCAACUGGCUCCCUUCAUCUCGGUGGAUUGCGGACAGCGCUGUUCAACCACCUGCUAGCGCGCAAGCUGGGAGGGAAGUGGAUUCUUCGCGUUGAAGAUACGGAUCAAUCUCGUCUGGUCCCCGGAUCUGUUGGCGUACUCAAACGCACACUUGGAUGGGCAGGCCUUGAUUAUGAUGAAGGUGUUGGGCGUUCGGGUGGGAAGCAUGGACCGUAUACCCAGUCUGAAAGACUGGAUCUUUACCGCCAUCACGCGCAAGAGCUCAUCGACUCAGGACAUGCGUAUGAGUGUUUCUGCAGCCCCGACGAUUUAGAGGCCAUCCGAGCGUCUCUGCAGCAGCAGGGACAUUACCACGGAUACGAUGGACGCUGUCGCCAUCUUUCUCGAGAUGACGUUCAGCAGCGCAAGCGUGCGGGACACAAGUAUGUGGUUAGGUUCAAGUCGCAAGCCGAGAAGGAGAAGCUUCCUGAAGACUUGAUCUUUGGCGCUGCCCAGCCAACAACUGUCAGCACGGGCGCAGACGACUUCAUCAUCAUGAAGGCAGAUGGGUGGCCGACCUACCAUCUUGCGAGCGUUGUGGAUGACCACCUGAUGGAAAUCAGCCAUGUCCUGCGAGGAGAACUCUAUCGCGCGUUCGGCUGGAAGCCACCACAGUUUGCACACCUCCCCUUGCUCAUGGGUCUCGACGGAACCAAACUUAGCAAGCGUACCGGCGAUGUCUCUGUCGAAAACUACCGCGAUAAGGGUUAUGAGCCAGAGGCGCUCGUCAACUUCCUUGGUCUGAUGGGCUGGGACUACCAAACUGCCCUCGAGAACGCCGCUGCCGAAGGGGACGAAAUAACGGAUGGGUUGCUGCCGUUCCACGCCCGCGGCGACGACCACUCCCUGUUCGAGCUCUUCACGUUGCCUCAAAUGAUUCAAGCCUUUGACCUGAGCUUGGUGACGCACCGCCGAGCAGCAGUGAACUUGGGAAAGCUUGACUUCCUCAACAAGAUGCACUUGCGUCGCAAGGCUGGGCGCCUGGGUGCCGACGGUGAGCUUGUCAACGUGGGCAAGGCUGUCGACUCGGCAGAGAAUGAGAAGGGCCGCGAGGAGCUUGUGAAGCGCUACCAGAAGUCAUUGAAGAAGCUGCCGGCCCUGAAAGACAAUUCUCUCGUCGAUGACUUGGAGUAUGUGGGCGACGUCUUUGACAUCGAACUGGCUCGGGUUGUCAAGCUGUGUGACAUGGCUGAGAAGUCGAUCUUCUUCUACGUGAAGCCUCAAUACGAUUCUCCCGAGUCUGAUAAAUUCCUGGCCGAGCUCGGUUUGGCCACAUACGUCGAUGGCCUGUCUCUCGUUGUGGAGGAGCUUGAGUGGCGCAUCGAGCGUUACCGGCACUUCGACGUCGACUUGUGCUGGGAGGCCAUGCAUGCGACUAUUGCCAAACUUGGCAUUCGCAAGAAGAGCGCAUUGAUGCUGCCGAUGCGUCAUGCCUUGACUGGCAUUAAAACUGGUCCCAGUGUGCCCCAGAUCAUGAGCGUCCUUGGUCCAGAGAGGUCAUUGGACCGGCUGCGAGCUGGAAGGGCAUUUGCUUCUGCUCGUGGCCGUGCAUGAAGUAAAGAGUUGGGAUUUUGGUACAGACAUGAUAAUACAGCAUCACUCAUCAAUGCAC